UACGACGGAGCUCGGGAACGCCGGAUCGUGACCGUGUCGCAGUUCUUGAAGGCGCUCCUAGCAAAACCUUGCCACGACAUCACUCCACUCGAGUACCAUCAUGUCCAGCAUGCCGACUUACGACUGGAAUUUGCAUUCAAGGACUGUUUCGUCUACUUCAACCACUUCAUCAAGGCCACCAGCUUCGAGGUGGUGAAUCAGGCGUACCUCAGGCUGGCCAUCUCUCGCGGUGCGGCGUUGAUCUGCGCAGACAAUCAGGCCGGUGUCAACAUUAUCAUCCCGUGUCUGUUCGGAACCCAGCUGGUCUCAGAGAAGGUGACCGCUAUCAUGGUGCAGGUGAAGAACGACAGGCGGUUCACGACGAAGGUGCAGCGCCACCUGUUUACGGCCAUGAACCCAUACACGUGCGGUAUUUUCGCCAAAGAUGUCAAGGAUCCACCGCCGGUCCUACGCAUGGUGUUUGCGCUCGCGUCAUCUGGGCCAGCUGUAACAAGUCCAUCGCGAAGGCAGCGUACGUCUCCGCGGCGCCAUGAAGCAUCAGCCAAAUUUACCGCGUACGAUAUUUGGUGUGCUGGGGCGGGUGCAUCGACGUUCGGAGUUGUUCAGGAGGGCGAACAGGAGGUGAUUGACAACAUCCUCAAAACGUUGCGUAGGCCGCGCGACACGGAGAGGAUGUACAAGGACGAUGAACCGGUCAGUGCUGUACGGUCGAUGCAACCUCUGUCGUCGAUAGACCGCAGCCACUUCGAGCGGUGGGCCGAGAUCGAGGAAGGCAUCGGGGAGGAGUGUGAACUCUUGGAA